CUCCAAAGCGAGUUUCAACGUGAAGCAUAUCGUAUGCCAGUCCGAGGCAUGUGCUCGUCAGUUUACCUCAGGACCUCGAACGGGUCGCGACGACGAAUACGUUUCAAAGGUUUCAAACAUUUCAGUUAUACGUGUCACAUUUUGGCCCAGAAAACUUUGACGGAUUUUCCUUAACCAACAGGAUUAACGAUUUUAAUUGAACAUUUUCUUUUUUUUUAAUUUUUGUCCCCCAUUACACAAGUAUACCAUACCAUUCUAUUAAAAUAAAGUGAAUAGUAGGUUCUCUUCCUUUGACACGGAUUUGUAUUUGUAUUUGUAUAUUUUUUUAAAAAAGAACAAGAAAAGAAAAGAAAUUAAAAUAAAAUAAAAUAGAAAUGGGAACGCAAAUGCGAAGCGUCGUUGCAGGUGAAUUGUCAACUUCCACCAAAGAUAUUCCUUGGUCGACCACGGAAACAUCUCUCACGUUGGAAGAAGAAGAUGCAAUCGUAACUUUGGUCGUCGUAGUAAUUGGCGUAAUCGUCAUUAUAGUUAUUUUAUUUUCAAUGGGAAUUUUUAUCGAUUGCAAACAUCAAAAAAAGGAAACCCCUAAGAAGAGAAAAUUAAGACUGAAAAUACCUCAAAUUUCGCGUGUACGAAGGACACAACCAGACGAUGUUAAAUCAUUUGCUUCGGAUAUGUGUCCAAACGAUAUAACUGAUUCAGCAUUUCCAACGAGAGAUGCCAUAGUUUAAUUCUCUUCGAUUGAUUGAAGGAAGUAUACUUUUCAUUUGUUGAUUAAUUAAAGUGUAAGAAUCUCGUUCGAAACAAUCGAUACAUAUUAUAUAUAUAUAUAAAAAAAAAAAGGAAAACGAGAACCGACUCGAGAGUAUGCAACAACUCUGAACCAGUUUCAUUUUUAAUGGCUAAUUAUUUUUUAUUUAAACAAUAAGGUAUUAUUAUGCUGAUACGAACGAUCAAAUGAGCGAAUUAUUAAUUAAAAAAGAAGAAGAAUAGAAGGACGAUAUGCUCGUUUGCAAUGAAACGUUAAAAAAAAAUAAUUCUGUUUUAAUAUAAUAAUAAUAAUAAUAAUAAUAAUAAUAAACGGGUUUCUUCAACGAACUUAACAAAUAUUCUUCGCGAAGUAUUUUCAUAGGAUAUUUUAUACCGAUUUUUUACGAAGUCGAACGACAUAGUGAAUUACCGCUGUGAUUUAUGCAACCUUAUCUGACGUAAUCUCUUCUUUAUUAGUGCUUUUUUUUUUUUAUUUGUUUUGUUUUUUUUUAUUCUUUUUUCCCAUUGAAAAGCACGAAAGAACAGGUACUGUUGAUUUGUUGAAAAUGAAUGAACAAUCGAUCGAUCGAUUUUUCGAUACGUUGUUACGAGUAUCGAAUUACCUAACAAAUGAUUGUUUUAACGAUGAGGUCAAUGAAAAAACAUAAAAAGAGAAUAUAUAUUUAUUUAAAGAAAAAUUCCGACUUUUUUUUUCUUUUUAAUUAAAUACAAAUUUUCUCUUCUCGCGAUCAUUUGACAAAUGACCAUAAUGACUGCAUAAGAACGAGGUCUUGGCAUUGCAUUUACUCGUUUCAUUUUGCAUAUAGUGACUGCAAACGAAGUAAAAUAGAAAAAGAAAAAAAAAGAAGGUUUCGUCUUGACCUUGUUUUAUUCGAAUUAGAAAAAAAGACAUGUAUGUGUGAGAGAGAUGAAUUUAUCUGAUGUGCAUGUUUAUUGAUCGAAUAUUAAAUAUUUGAAUUUACGAAUCACGUAUGAUAGAUUUUACGAGAAUGCGUGACUGUAUUUAUAAUUGUUUUUAGAAUUUUAAGAAAAUAUGCAUUGUGAUUAUUAUAAUUAAUGAUGAUUAUUAUUAUUAUAGUUAUGUCAAUAAGAUCUUUAAUUAUUU